GAGAUGCGCACUCCGAGCCGAGGACGCCGCAGCACAGAAAUGCGCACAGCGACGCGCGAGAGCCGGCGAUAGCUUCACGUGUCCUCCCAGCAGCCCCCGGCCCGCCUCGCUCCACAAUGGGUUAGAGGGGAACAUGGCACACUUUGACACACUUUGCCCGACGUGGGAAAUGCCCUGCUGGAGCGCUGCGCUGCCGAGCGGCACAAUAACACACGAGACUUGAGAGAGGAGAGGAGGGGACCGUCUUCCAGGCAUUUCUACCCCUGCCCCUCUCCCACUUCGGCUUUGAGAGAUGAUCACGGAGCUGCUGUGCACCGCCGUGGCUGUGGGUCUCUAUCUGAACACGCUGGACGCGGAUUUCUGCUACGAUGACAGCCGAGCCAUCAGGACCAACCAGGACCUCCUCCCUGAGACCCCGUGGACAAACAUCCUGUACGACGACUUCUGGGGCACCCUGCUCACUCACAGCGGCAGCCACAAGUCCUUCCGCCCGCUCUGCACCCUCUCCUUCCGCCUCAACUACACCCUGCACGGCCUGCGCCCGUGGGGCUACCACCUGCUGAACGUGGCGCUGCACGGCCUGGUCACGGCGCUGGUGGCGGCCCUCGGCCGCCCGCUGCUGGGCGGGGGGCCGUGGAGCCUCUUGGCGGGCCUCCUCUUCGCCUCCCACCCGGUGCACACCGAGGCGGUGGCCGGCGUGGUCGGCAGGGCGGACGUCGGGGCGGCGCUGUUUUUCCUGCUGUCCCUCCUCUGCUACGUGAAACACUGCGGACUCCGCAGGGGCCCGCACGGGGCCUCCCCGGGCCGGCAGGGCGCCGGCGGCUCCGCCGCCAGGUGCUGGGCCUGGAUGCUGUGCAGCCUGUGGUGUGCGGCCGCCAGCAUGCUGUGGAAAGAGCAGGGGGUGACGGUGCUGGCCGUCUCCGCCGUGUAUGAUGUCUUUGUGUUCCAGAGACUCCGCUUUCGCCAGGCGUUUCUCCUCCUGCUAGGCAAGAAGAAGAAUGCGAGUGUUCUGCUGAGCCUUGGCGCUCUGGCUUCCUGGGGAGUGAUUCUCCUGUCGGCUCGCCUCUACUGGAUGGGGAACAAGCCUCCCAACUUCUCCAACUCCGACAACCCCGCGGCAGACUCGCCGCAUUUUCUCACCCGGACGCUGACCUUCCUCCACCUGCCCGCCGCCAACGCCUGGCUGCUGCUCUGCCCCGACCGGCUGAGCUUCGACUGGUCCAUGGACGCCGUGCCCUUGGUGAGGUCUCUUGCCGACUGGAGGAACCUUCACACUGUUGCCUUUUAUGGUGGGCUUUUUCUCCUGGCUCUCUUUGGCCUCCGUGGUCAAAACUCCAACGCCAAGGAAACCAACGGAAAAGCCCACGUGACUAAUGGGAAAUCCAUCACCAAUGGGAAUGGCUACCACGCCCCAGACUCAAACCACAACACCGAUCUGGGUUUCCCGAAGACCACCCUGAACGGAUCGGCUGGACUUCACCACUGUCCCCGGCAGGCGUCCCUGCCCCCGACAGAAAGCCUCGUCCUUUUUUCACUGGGAACCCUUUCAUUGCCUUUCAUCCCAGCCACCAACCUCUUCUUCUACGUGGGUUUUGUAAUAGCGGAGAGGGUUCUGUACAUCCCGAGCAUCGGCUUUUGUUUACUGGUAGCUACCGGCGCGAGAACCUUGUACGUGAGGCUGAGGACUCGAGGCUGCAGGGCGCUGGUGCCGUGUCUCUGCGUGGGACUGGUGCUGCUCAACGGACUCCGGACCGUUCAGAGGAACAAAGACUGGAGCAACGAGGAGAAUCUGUACAAGUCUGGGAUUAAUGUGAAUCCUGCUAAAGCCUGGGGAAACUUGGGGAAUGUACUGAAGAACCAGGGCAAGAUGGCGGAGGCAGAGACGGCGUACAGGAACGCUCUGCACUACCGAGGGAACAUGGCUGACAUGCUGUAUAACCUGGGUUUGCUGCUGCAGGAGAACGAACGUUUUUCUGAAGCGCUGCAUUACUACAAACUGGCGAUUGGGAGUCGGCCAACACUGGCAUCGGCCUACUUGAACACAGGAAUAAUCCUGAUGAACCAGGGCAACCUGGAAGAGGCCAAGCGCACCUUCCUCACCUGUGCCGACAUUCCUGAUGAGAACUUGAAGGACCCUCACGCCCAUAAGAGCUCAGUCACUAGCUGCCUGUACAACCUGGGGAAGCUGCUCCACGAGCAGGGCCAACAGGAGGAGGCCCUCUCCGUUUAUAAGGAGGCAGUGCAGAAGAUGCCCAGACAGUUCGCGCCACACAGCCUUUUCAACAUGAUGGGAGAGGCCUACAUGAGGAUGAACAAGCUGGAGGAGGCAGCCCACUGGUACAGGGAGUCCCUCAGGGCCAAGCCCGACCACAUUCCCGCCCACCUCACUUACGGCAAACUCCUAUCCAUCAGUGGCCAGAAGACAGAAGCAGAGAAAUACUAUCUGAGAGCGAUUCAACUCGACCCCACCAAAGGAAACUGCUACAUGCACUACGGUCAGUUCCUGUUGGAGCAGUCCCGCCUGGGCGAGGCUGCGGAGAUGGCAGAGAGAGCUGCAGAGCUGGACGACUCGGAGUUCGAUGUGGUCUUCAGCGCCGCGCACAUGCUGAGACAGGCCAAUCUGAAUGAGGCCGCGGAAAGGCAGUACGAGCGCGCAGCCAGCCUCAGACCAGAUUACCCAGCUGCUCUGAUGAACCUCGGCGCCAUCCUCCACCUGAACGGGAAGCUUCCCGAGGCGGAGGCCAACUACCUGCGGGCGCUCCACCUCAAGCCCGACGACGCCAUCACCCAGUCCAACCUGCGCAAGCUGUGGAACAUCAUGGAGAGGCAGGGGCUCAGGACUAAACUCGGGAUGCAGGGAGACGGCGUUUGAAACGGGAGAGUUCCUGCUCCGCUCCCUCGCCGAAGGCCGAAAACUCUCAGAAGACGGUUUCUUUACUGGUUUGGUCUGUGAUGCGUGUGCAAGACGGUCUGAGAUACGUCACGUUUGGGGGUCAGCUGGCAGAGAGCGCGUCACCGCUGGCGCCGAGUGACGCCUCGAAUCGCACUUUGCGAUGGCUGACAAGCAAAUGUCGAAACGAGACGGUGAAGACUCAUUUCAGGACUCCCAAAAAAAACUCCUCAAAAAUCCAUAAUCGAAACUAUUUACAGCUGAUGUAGCAAAGAUCGGCAAUAAUUCCACCAGGUUGCAUUAAUGAGUCAAGGGUUAUCAUAUCGUGUUUCAUCACGCCAGCUGGGUUGACUUAAAGAGCAACUCCACGUCCACAGUCCGACUCUCCAGCGUCUGUUCACUGGUCUUUGGAGGAAGGAGAAGCGUGUGGAAACAAUACUUGUAUAAAGUCUUUUGCGGCUCCAGAGGGAGCAGCUGAUGAUCUGAUGAUUGGGGAGUGGGGAGCUGCUGAGUUUACCACACCUCUGUGGCAUCUCAGAAAAAAAAAAAACCAAAUAUAGUUCAGUUGCGUUGUGGACGAAGUAGCCUGCAGAAAGGACUUGUUAAUUAUUUUUGGCGCGUCGUCUAAUGCUAACUAAAAAAAACCCUCCCGAGCCAGUCUCUCACACACACACACACACACACACAGCCAGUCGCUGGUGAUCAUCAGCACUCGGCGCAUUAUGAAUGAUCGUGACUGUGAAAGUCACAAGCAGCGAAACAGAGAAAGUUCCUCAGCGGUGCCAAAGCUUGAAUCGAGUCUCUUCGCCUCUCGUGCCGAGCAAGAACUGUUGCCACUCGUUUGUUGUGUUCCUCGUGUCAAAUGAAGAUGUUUCAUUUCAUGUGAUCAGAUUUUAAUUUAUUAAUGUUAUUUUAUGUGGGGAAAAAAAAUGCCAACACUGUGCUGUUUCACUGUCCCAUCAGCCCUUUCUCCUUCCUCCAGAUAGAUAGGCUACAGUAGGCAAACAGGAAUGUUACAAAAAAAAACUGUUUUUCUAUGUGUACUUUUAUUUUUUUCUCUCUGCUCAGGGACAUCGGGUUGUGAUUCCUGUCACAGAAGAAGUUUGUGACCCAGAGAGAGCUUCCUAAAAUGAUGUUAGGUGUUAUUUUCAUGAUGUGAUAUUUGGUUAAAUUAUAGAAAAUGUGUAGCUGGAGAAGUGUUGUGUUUUGUAAAAGGAAAUGUUUUUUUCCACAAUAAAAACAAAAUUUUUGCUCUC